AUGGAUCUCCUCCACUGGUCUCUCCUCUGCGGGGCUGUUCUGCUCCUGUGGGAGACCCCCCCCGUGCGGCCCCUGGCCAUCUUCCCCCCCGCUGCGCAGAAGAGCAGCAGCAAAGUCACGAAGAUCUUCGACGGACAGGAAGCGUCCAAGUAUUUCAAGGAGUUCCACGCUCAGCAUCCGGCCCCGGACCGGGUCAGCAAAGCGACGAGCAAGGAGGUGGUCGAGCCUCACGACUACAUGUUGUCCAUUUAUAAAACUUUCUCCACGGCGGAGAAACUGGGACUGAACGCGAGUUUCUUCAGAUCCUCGAAGGCUGCGAACACCAUCGCGAGUUUUGUGGACAGUGGACAAGAUGACCUCCCACUCUCGCCUCUGAGGAGACAGCAGUAUCUGUUCGAUGUCUCAACCCUCUCCGAGAAGGCCGAGGUGCUGGGAGCCGAGCUCAGGAUCUACACCAAAGUGUCUGGGAAUUUCAGGAUCUCCGAGACGGACCCUGUGGACGUCCAGCUCCUCUCGUGCCACGACCAGCAGCUGCUGGACUCCAGGACGCUGGACCUGCAGGACUCCCACCGGCCCAAGUGGGAGGUGCUGGACGUGUGGGAGAUUUUCAAAGAGCGGCAGCACCUGAGCCGAGGGAAGCCCUUCUGUCUGGAGCUCCGGGCCAUGCUGGACAACCCGGAGCGGGAGCUGGACCUGCACCUGCUGGGCCUGCACCGCCACGGCCGGCCGCAGCAGAAGAAAGCCAUCCUGGUGGUGUUCACCCGGUCCAAGAAGAGGCAGACGCUCUUCAGCGAGCGGAGGGACGGGAAGGCCUUGCUGGGCCUGGGGAGGAAGGCCAAGGAGAGGGGCCAGGGCAUCAAGGCCAGCAGGAGGAGGAGGACGGCCGCGUCCAAGACCCGCCACGGGAAGAGACACGGGAAGAAGUCCAAGUCCAGGUGCAGCAAGAAGCCGCUGCACGUCAACUUCCGAGACCUGGGCUGGGACGACUGGAUCAUCGCUCCGCUGGACUACGAGGCGUACCACUGCGAGGGCGUGUGCGACUUCCCGCUGCGCUCCCACCUGGAGCCCACCAACCACGCCAUCAUCCAGACUCUGAUGAACUCCAUGAACCCCAGCAACAUGCCGCCCAGCUGCUGCGCCCCCUCCAAGCUCAGCCCCAUCAGCAUCCUCUACAUCGACUCAGGGAACAACGUGGUCUACAAACAGUACGAGGACAUGGUGGUGGAGUCGUGCGGCUGCAGGUAG